UCCCACUCUUCUCUCUCCAGUCUUCCCCCGCGCACGCGGCCUCCCUUUCUCUCUCCUCCCGCUUCCCUUCCCUCCCGUUGCUCUGUCCCUCCCUCGCUCGUCCGAUCUACAUCUGCCCCCUUCUCUCUCCGUCUUCGUGUUUUUCUUCCUUCGUUCUCGGCAGUGUCAAGAUUUGUGUUUCUUUUCCCGGAGCGGCGGCGGCGGUGGGGUGGUGGUGUGGUGGCGCGGCGGGAGAUUCAGGGAGAUCUAGCUCGAUCUGCCUCUGUUCUUGGAGCUCGAGGACGCGGGGAGGCGAGAUGGCGGCGCAGGAGCAGGAGCAGCAGGCCAAGACGAGCACCACCAGCUCGCUGCCGUCCAGCAGCGACCGCUCCUCCAGCUCCGGCCCCAACAACCUCAAGGAAGGAGGCGCGGAGAGCGACGAGGAGAUACGGCGGGUGCCGGAGAUGGGCGGCGGGUCGGCGUCGUCGGGCGCGGGGGACGGCAAGCAGCUGCAGCUGGCGGCGGCCGGGGGCGGGCAGGCCCCGGCGGGGAAGAAGCGCGGGCGCGCCGCCGGGGACAAGGAGCAGAACCGGCUGAAGCGGCUGCUGCGGAACCGCGUGUCGGCGCAGCAGGCGCGGGAGCGGAAGAAGGCCUACAUGACGGAGCUGGAGGUGAAGGCCAAGGACCUCGAGCUCCGCAAUGCCGAGCUGGAGCAGAAGGUCUCCACCCUCCAGAACGAGAACAACACGCUCCGCCAGAUACUGAAGAACACGACGGCGCACGCCGGGAAGAAGUCGAGCGGCGGCAAGGGGGGAGACGGCGGCAAGAAGCACCACCACUUCGGCAAGGGCUAGCAGCAAGAGCGAGCUUCUCUGCUCUGCUGCGACGAUGGUUGCUAGGAACCACCCAACGUCUGCUCAUCUGACCAUUGUAGGACACUGCUGUUGUUGUUUGCUGCCGCAGUUUGACGCUUGUCUUGUCUUCUUCUUUUUCACUCCUCUCUUCUCCACGGUUGCCCGGUCGCCCGCUUUUGAUGUCUCACUGCCACUGUUGUGUGUGCCCUGUCCAUGGUAGCUUGUUGUUAGGAAUGUUGAUCUAUGUGAACAUUGGUUGUGUAUUGUACUGUA